AUGUCUUAUCAACAGCAGCAAUGUAAGCAGCCCUGCCAGCCACCUCCUGUGUGCCCCCUGCCAAAGCGUCCAGAGCCAUGUCCACCCAUGAAGUGCCCUCAGCCCUGCCCACCACCAAAGUGUCCACAGCCCUGCCCACCUCAGCAGUGCCAGCAGAAAUAUCCUCUGGUGACACCUUCCCCACCCUGCCAGCCAAAGUGUCCACCCAAGAGCAAGUAA